ACCAAACGUCUUUUUUUGGAGCUUUAAACCUUGCAACUUAGAAAGAGCUCAAGGCACUUAGACGCGGCUAAAGAUCGGCGGUGCUUCCGUGUCCUCAAACUACCUAGUCAAGUUCCACGCCCGUACAGCAGCAGCUUCACGUUAAUGAAUCGUCGUCAUCGUCGUCAUCGUCGUCGUUGUUAUUCUUCGCAAUAAUAAUCGAAGCAGCAGCAGAUUGAUUUGCUUCAUUCCACCUUUAUACAUCAACAACUAUUCCGAAGCGGGCGCAAAAAAAGAAAAAAAAAAGAAGAAGAAGAAGAUUAUAUCAAGAUGGCGAACGCGGGCUACGACGCCGUCGUAGAUAUUGACGAUGAGGGCGACCUAGGGCACACCGACCUCCAAGAGGACCUCGAAUUCCACAACUCCAACUUCCACGAACCGGGCAGCAGCACGCGCAAAGGCGGGGGCGGCGCUCCCUCGUCCGUGGCCGGCAGCGGACUGCCUCUCCCCGCGACGGCCGGGUCGGGCGUGGGCGGCGGUGGUCCCGUCUCCUCGAAGCGGUACCUGUGGACGCUGUCGUUCUACGCGCAGUUCUUCGACGUGGACACCUCGAGCGUGCUGGCGCGGUGCUGGGCCGCGCUGUACCCGCGCGCCAACUUCCUCGACGUGCUCGAGGGCAACCCGGACCUGUACGGGCCCUUCUGGAUCGCGACCACCGUCGUGCUCAUCUUGUUCCUGGGCGGCACGAUAAGCUCGUACCUGGCGAGCGAAGGGAAGGGCUCGUUCGCGUACGAUUUUAAGCUGUUGAGCGGUGCCGCCGGCCUUAUCUACGGAUACACGCUCGUCCUACCGGUAGUCCUGUUCGGCGCGCUGCGGUACUUCGGGUCCGAGUCGGCGAACCUACUCGAGUGCUGGGCGCUGUACGGGUACGCGAACCUGAUCUGGAUCCCCGUGGCGCUGAUCAGCUGGUCCCCCAUCACGAUCCUCAACUGGGUGUUCGUGGGCGUGGGCUUCGGCCUCAGCGUCGCCUUCCUGCUGCGCAACCUGUACCCCGUUCUCAGCGCCACCGACCGCCAGACCAGCAAGAUCCUGCUCAUCCUCGUCGUCGCCCUCCACGCCGGCCUCGCCAUCGCCAUCAAGGUCCUGUUCUUCGCUGCCGGGAGCCCCGUCGCCGGAAACAAGCCGGGGGAUGCCCCGUCCCCGCCCCCGGCAGCGGGAGGGGGGGAUAAGCCCGAGGGAGGUGCCAUGUUCCUCUUUUAGUUAUAGUUAGUUGAGGGUUUUUACCAGGGAUUUAUUAGGUUAGGUAUCUUAGGUACCUAUUUGUAUGGAGAAAGAAAAAAAAAAGGGAAAAAAAGAGAAAAGAAAGGAGCCGAAACGAACGGUAAGGAGGUCAAGAACGAGGUGACGAAGAUUCGACCUGAUACUGUAUGGCUUUUUAUGGGCGUUGGGCAGGACCGGUGCACGAUAGUGUUAUGUACAAUACAUAGCUGAUAUUUUCCAGUUCUAAUGUAUCAUGAGGCCAAUUCAGAUUUUUUUGAAC